UCAGUGGGAGAGAGGUGGAGGGAGCAGAGAGGGAAGUGUUGAGGAGGUUAACCCCUCUUCAAUGCGUCGGACUGGUGACACUUGAAGCAGGCUGCCUCUGUUCUCCACUUUCUGUCGAUAUCCCAAAGCAAAAUGCUGCCCCGUAUCAUUUUCAUCGGCUUGUUCCUCUCCGCGGCCAAGUCCCAAGACGUCCCCCCCUCGGAGGCCUCAUCCUCCAUUAGUGAGUCUUGUGACUCCCUGUGCUCCUGCGAGGGGAAAGACGGCAUCCUGCAUCUGAACUGCGAGCAGAGGAACAUCAGCAAAAUCUCCCAGAUCCAAAUCCCGGCAGGUGUGCCCUUCCACCUGAACCUCUACAAAAAUGACUUGGUGGAGCUCCGCGCCGAGGAAAUGGAAGGGCUUAAGAAUGCCCUCUCGCUGCACAUCGGGGGUAAUAGCAUACAAGAGCUGGAGCCAGGGGUCUUUAGCUCCCUGGGCUCGCUGAAAAAGCUCCACAUCAACAGCAAUUUCCUCGUCACUCUGAAAGAGGACACCUUCCAAGGCCUGGUGAACUUGGAGUUCCUCCAAGCUGACACAAACUUCAUCCGGGUCAUCGAGCCUGGGGCCUUCAACAAACUGAUCCGCCUCAAGGUCCUGAUCCUCAACGACAACUCCAUCGAGUUUCUGCCCAACAACAUUUUCCGCUUUGUGCCCCUCACACACCUGGACUUACGCGGCAACAAGCUCCAGACGCUGCCUUACGUCGGGUUCUUGGAGCACAUCGGGCGGAUUAUGGAGCUCCUCCUUGAGGACAAUGACUGGGUCUGUGACUGUGAUAUCCUACAUCUAAAGAUCUGGAUGGAGAACAUGAGGGCCCAGUCUGCUUUGGGGGACGUGGUCUGCACGACGCCGCAUCAUCUUAAGGGGAUUAUUCUCGCGAAAGUGAAGCGGGACGUUCUAUGCCCGUCCCACGCCGACAUCAACCUGGAGGAGCCGUCAAAGUCACUGGAUAUGGUCGUGACCCCCUCGUCCAAGGUGGCUCAGAUCCCCAAGGUGAACGCCAAAGACGACGCGAAGGUACCGACGCCGUCUCACGUCCCCGGCAGUCCUUGUGUGGAGCACUGCUCGUGUCACAAUCACCCCGUGGCGGGGUUUUUGAUGCACUGUCAGGACAGGGGGAUUCAGAAGGUGUCGGACAUCGGAAUACUUCAACAGAGUCCGACUAAACUGGUCAUGACGGGGAAUAUGAUCCAGAAACUCUUCAAGUACGACUUUGUCACGUAUGAUAGUCUGGAGUUGCUCAACCUCGCGAAUAACAGAAUCGAUUACAUCGAUAAUGAAACUUUCCUCAGCUUGAGCAGCUUGAAAAAACUCUACUUAAACGGCAACAGGAUUGAGAAGCUGUUCUCCACGAUGUUUGUGGGGCUGCACAACCUUGAGUUCCUGUAUCUGGAGUACAAUCUUAUCAAAGAGAUUGCUCCCGGCACUUUUAAUCCCCUGCCAAACCUGAAGCUGUUGUCAUUAAACAACAACCUGCUCAGCUCGCUCCCGGCCCAGAUCUUCCGCAACGUGCCCCUCACCAAAUUAAACCUGAGGAAAAAUCUACUUAUGCAUCUGCCGGUGAGCAACGUGCUCGAUCAACUGGACUCGCUGGAGCAGAUUUACUUAGAGGACAACCCGUGGGACUGCAGCUGUGACUUGCUCAGCCUCAAACAAUGGGUGGAGAAGCUCAGGAAGGACACGGUGGUGGGCUCGAUUUUGUGCCACACCCCCAGUAAAGUGAUCCAGGCUGAACUGAGGAGCCUGCAUCAUGAGGUGUUGUGCCCCGGUUUGGGGACGUACUACCCGAUGUCUCCAGAUGGCGAGGAGAGCAUCACGGCGACACUGGGGCCGGAAAGCCUCGACAAAGGUUUAUUCAGCUCCCUCACGGACACCGUCCCCCUCUCAGUGCUCAUCCUAAGCCUUCUUAUGGUUGUCCUCAUGAUUAUAUUCUGCUCAGCCGGGUUGGUGGUGUUUGUGGUGCACCGGCGUCGGCGCAGGGCGAAGAAAAAAGCAGCAGAGGAUCAGCCGCAAGGGAACGCCAGCAGCAGCCCCAUUCACUUACACUACAGCAUGUACGGGCAGAAAACCACACACCACACCCUGACGCAAAGAACCGGGUCGGCCACUCUCUACGAGGAGAGGUCGCACAGCCCGAUCGUGCAGAUCUGCCGCAACCCCACGUACUGCUCCCAGCACAAGGAGCACGACGCCGAGUUGGAUUACGGCGUGGACGACCCGAGCGCCAAGCACCAGUUCUGCCGGAGCAUCAUGGAGAAGGAGAACACGUCCCCGCUCACAGGGAACCCCGGCUCCAAGUUCAGACCCAUGGCCGGGGAGUGCCCGGCGGAGUUCGUCACGCUCGGGAAUCCCAACUCCUUGUACAGGAACCUUCUGGAGCGGGAGAAGGAGCUGCAGCAGCUCGGGAUCACCGAGUACCUCCGCAAGAAUAUGCCUCAGCUCCAGUCUGCCGUGGACAUGCAGGUCCCGGGGCACCAGGAGGAGUUGAAGCUAAUGGAGACGAUUAUGUACUCCAGACCGCGCAAGGUCAUGCUUGAGCAAACUAAGAAUGAGUACUUUGAACUCAAGGCCAACUUGCAUACUGAGCCUGAUUACUUAGAGGUUCUGGAGCAUCAAACUGCAUUUAACUGAGCUUACACAAUAACUCCAUAUAUUACAGUCUGAACCAAGUGCCUUGUCCUGUUCGCCCUCUUGUACUUUUCCACAAAUAUAUACCAUGGGCACAUCACUUUCAGUUGAACAGUAGCACAGAAUGUAACCGGUCUAGUCUUUGUCACCUGUAUCUGUUGACAGCCAUGUUAUGUAGCUGCUGAGACGUGGGCCAAAUAGAACCUAAAGAGUCUGUUGAGCAGACCUGGUUUGGAUCUAACUUUGAAAUCAGAGCUUUUCUUGUUAUGAUUGAAGGCCGGUGCAGGCGUCUGAAUUGAUCCGCAUAGCGCUCGCCCCUCCCAACCCCCCCGUGUGGCAUCCUGAUCGCAUAGAGCAGAUGUUUGGAAAGAAGUGGGUGAAUUCCAAUCACCACUUGACCCAGAAUUACUGUUUAACCAGUAAUUCCGGGUCUGACCUGAUUACACCCUCUGUCAACAUAAGCCAGCUGGAUUGCUGUACCCAUAAUGCUCAUUGUGCCGUAGAGUCAGCAAAACGCCAACUGGUCGGUUGUUUUCGAUCAAUCCAAGACGCUGCACAGCCGCAGUCAUAGGACCUCUAUUUAUUUUUAUACAAAGCGGUGGUACUCACAGUACGGAUGUGUAUUCUCCUCUCAAUCAGUACAUACAGCACUUAAAAGUACAGUAUAUUCCACACAACUGUAAUCUUGUACAAAUGCAUUGCACUAAUCAAAUGCCAUAAGGUGGUGCAUGACAAUCAACUGAAUCCUGCUGAAUUUCUGUUUGUUUGUUAUGUUUGUUUGUAAAAAUGAGCCACAAAUGUGUGUGAUCCCUCAGUGUGUGUGCCUGUAUGUGUAUGUCUGGAGGUAUUCAAGCAGCAUCAGGAGUAGGACUCCUUCUGCGGGAACUGUCGGGACUUUCUAAAAGGCGGGGAUUAUUAGCACAUCAAUGGUUAACGGCGAGCAGGAGCUCCAAGUUCCUCACGCCGGACCGGACGACCUGCCAACCGACUCAUAUUCAAACAAAGGACUGCUGUCGGGACAUUGUCAGGAUUUAUACUCUCCACUCCCUUCAUACUCAUACGACUCUGAAACGGUUCGUGUAAGCACACACUCUGUAGCUUUUCUACCUAACUAGAUUGAAUUAUUUAUUCUGUAUAUUUUGUAUAUACUUAUGUUCCAUUACAUUUUUGGUUUUUGUGUGCCUUCAGUGCUGUACAGAAUAUAAACAGAAGUUGUAACUGAUA